AUGUUUCCGUGGCUACCCUUUCUUUCAAUCCCUGAUGUCAAGUCGAAAAAGCGACGACGGCUAAGAUCACGACACAACUCUCUAACAUCAGUUUGGCUUAAUACCAACUCAGAUGUACGUGUAGAAUACCUACUACAUGUUCAUGCUGCCAGUGCUUCCGUAACCGCAGCUUCUAGUGCUUUUAAUGUUAAUGAUCUCGACGAUGACAUCAAAAUUCGUGUAGAAAAUGCUUUUGGAAGAGCUGAGGGUUUAGAAAAUCGACCGGAUGAGAAAGAUGACCAGAGGGAAAAUGGGCAAAAUAAAGAUUCUGAAGAGUUGAAGGCUUCAGAAGACCGGUUGGCAAGAGAAAGUGGGCAUAAUUUAGUCGAAAAUGAACCAGAAAGUGAAAUAGAACGUCCAGAAAGAUCUGAUUCAGCCCCACUCGUGCAUAAAGUAGAAGAACCACCGCCAAAAAAGACGUCGCUACAGAGUUCUCGACCUCAUACACCUAAUUCCCGAGCGUCGCCAAGCCUUUCUAGGCCUAGUUCAAGGUAAUUUUUAAAAUUUUCAUUUUUGAAAGUUUAGGAAGACUCUCCCCCCCCCCCUUUCAACCACUUUUACUAUACUAAAAAAUUUCAGACCAAGCUCAACUCAACCACCCCCUCAACCUCGAGUACGACCCAACCGGAACCGUAUGUUCGAAACAUCUUCGGCGAUGCGUGACAUUUUUGGUGGUUCAUCGUCACCACGAGCUCCGCGACAUACCGUAGCGUCCGAAGGAUCCCCCAGAAGAUCCGAGAACUCACCAAGACCAUCAGAUAGUACGCUACGUUCUACUCAAUCUGAAGCAUCUACACCUGCUGUGCACCAAGCCGAAUCUCGUUUGAAAUCCAGCGAAACUAAUCCGGAGAUCAGUUCAAUCAAUGACCGUAACACGCUACAGAAUGCGACGGAUGUUCAGAAUCUAAAUGCAAGCCAAAAUAUCGACCAAAACACGACCAAGCCCGACCAUUUCCGCCGCUCCAACGAAAGUUUCAACGACGAACACUCAGUUCGCAGCGGAGUCACUAGUGAUUCCGGAAUCGCAUCGUGCUUCCAACGAAUCCGAACCCCUCCACCAUCAUCGUCAGGGCCUUCAGAAGUCGCACGAACCAACGUCCUACAAAAUGAAGGUGUCCAACAAGGUCGGUGGGAAUCUGCUCCAAGCACAUCGUACAGCACGACCAGUUCUUUCUACAACGUUCCAAAUCACGAUACGGCGUACGAAAAUGCGCGUAGAAGGGCGAAUGGUCGUCCGCCGAUUACGUCAUCGUUUAAUAUCAUUACCCAUGAACCUAUGGGUAGUAGGGUGAACCAGCCCGGUCCCGAGAUCCCGAUAGAGCCAGGCUUCGUUUUUGGCGCGGGACCGAGCACGUCAAGUCCACGGAGAAGGUACGGUAUUUUUGAUGCGAUUUUUAAACUUUUGGUUUUAAAAUUUAAAAUUUUUGAAAUUUUUUUGAAAUGUUAAUGUUAAUAUUUUUGAUGGCAAAGCCAAUGUUUAAUUUCGUCAUCCUCAAUAUCUUCAUGUUCUUUGCUCUUACUGCGUGCUUAAGCCGUAAUAAACGCAUUUGAAAUUGGCAUGAAAUUUCGAAAUUGACCUCGGCCUUAAUUUUAGGAAUGACCAAAUCGAGUUGGGGGCACCGGGACCGGAAAUGGCCACGGAUACGGAAGAGAGUGCGUCGCCCGAGACCGAAUUCGACCGAGAACUGGACACACGAACAGCUGAUGAUGGAUUCGGAGAGUGCGUUGGCAAAGGAGAGAGUGAUAGUCGAAGACAGAGCACUGGAAAAGGAGAGAGCGACAGUCGGCGAGAGAGUACGGGGAAAGGAGAGAGUGACAGUCGACGAGAGAGCAUUGAAAGAAGAGAGAGCGGCCGAGAUAGUAUUGGAUUUGAAAGAAGCAAUCCCGAACGGCCAGAAAGACACAAUGGCUACCAAAGAGACCGCAGACCUAGCUCCGAACACCAGAACGGGGACCUCAAUGGGAGCCGGAACGGAGCCGGGGGCCGCGCGCCGACCGACGACCUUGCUCUCUCUCAAAACACCCCCUACCCAGUCCAACAUCCCCUCAACCACAAUGCCGCCGCAUAUCCCCCCUCCACUGUCCCCCACUCCAACGCCCCACCCACCGCCGCCAUUGCCCCUACCCGCCGCUUCGACCCACACAAACCGUUGGGUGGGGGAUUUGGUGCGGCCGGCGGUCCCCUUGUGAACGACGAGAAUCGCGCACCCACCGAACUUCUGCUCCAGCUACGACGCUUUCUCUUGUCCACUAGCGAGGACGGUAGCGGAAUGGCUUCCGCUGCAUCGAAUGGUACUGGCGGUGCGGGUGCAAACCCGUUGGUGAUUCGUGGCGGACAGAUUGUCAACGAUGACUCCAUCUUUGCGGCCGAUAUUUAUAUUGAGGAUGGUGUUAUCAAGUGGGUUUUGAAUUUUUUUAAAAAUUUUAAAUUUUCAUUUUUAAAAAUAUUUUUAAAAUUUUUAAUUAAACAAAUUUUAAUUUUAAAAUUUCAGACAAAUUCUACCAAACCUCGAAAUCCCAGAGCAAGCAGAGAUCAUCGAAGCGGCAGGGAAAUGGAUUCUGCCCGCAGGCAUCGACGUCCACACUGAAUUCUCAGCCGGCCUAACACCAGACGAGUUUCUAGUGAACUCAAAAGCAGCCUUAAUUGGAGGUACAACAACAGUCAUCGAUGUUGUUCUACCAGGUAUCAGCGAACGGUUAUCCGAUGCUGUGGAGAGGAUAAAACGGCUAGCUGAUCAGAAAGCCUUGAUUAACGUUGGACUAAGUUUAUCAUUGUACAAAUGGAACGAUGAGGUUAAAAGGGAGGUGGAGCAGCUGGUUCGGGAGAAGAAGAUCAACAGUUUCAUACUGGAGAUGCAGAACGAUUCUGAAUUGUUUGAAGCUUUGAAUCACUUGAAGGCAUUGGGCGCUUUGGCUAGGAUUUACCCGGAAAACAAGGAUAUUAUUGGACUGCUUGAGAAGCAGAACAGUAACCAGACACCGGCUGAGAAUUACAUCAAUUCAAGGCCUGUUCAGGUAGGAUAAUAUCACAAAAUUUCAAAAAAAAAAAUAUUUUUUCAAAAUUUUUUAAAUUAAAAAAAAAAUUUUUUAUUUUUAAAAAUAAAAAAAAAAUUUAUUUUCAGCUAGAAGCCGAGCGGAUUCACAAACUCUGUGUGCUAAGUCAGCUAACAAAUUCUCCGAUUUCGAUCUUAUCCACGAGUUCAGAUGAAGCGUGUCGUUCCGUGAUUCAGGGCAAACAAAGUGGUGCUUCAGUCUUUGCCGAGGUACCAAUAUCAACUUUGGCAGCUGAUUUAAGCAUUCCCACACCUAGCCAAAGCCGGAUUCCGAUUAGAAAAGGCGACGAACAUGUUAAGGGAGCUCUGGAGAUAUUGGCAAAGUAAGCGGGCUUCUGUUUUUUUUUAGCUUUUUAAAGCCUAAUUUUGGAUUUUUUUUAAUUUCUAGGCUUAUUUUUAGCGUGUAGGCUAAUUACGUCAUUUUUAGGCUUAUUUGAUAUUUUUAAACUAUUAAAAUGUUAAAAUGUUACCUAAACUUAAAAUAUUUCAGUGGUCAACUAGCCGUCUGCGUAUCAGGUCAUCGUACUCCACGUCAGUCAGGUAACCGACCACCGUACGGAGUAAUAUCAGUUGGCGAACGUCUUCCAGCUCUAUGGGAACGAGCCGUAGCCUCAGGCAAACUCGACCUAAUGCGUUUUGUAGCCGUUUCCAGUUCGAAUCCAGCAAAACUGUUCAAUUUGUAUCCGAAAAAAGGCCGAAUUGCAGUCGGAGCCGACGCCGACCUGGCCAUCUGGAACGCUCACAGCUCACGAACACUCGGCUGUCGUGCUUCUGGAGCGGCGGACAAAAGUCCGUUCGAUGGAUUCGCGGUUCAUGCCACAGUCGAAGCUACGAUCUGUAAUGGUACUGUUUUGUACAAGAACGGAAAAAUUGAAGCCGAGAAGCCGGUUUCGCAACGAUUUGUACCUUUAUUGCCCGAGGCUCCUCAUGUGUUCAGUGUGGUGAAAUUGAGGGAAAAGGUAAGGGGUUUUAAAGAGAAAAGGUCUAUUUUAUCCUGCUUUAUUCAACCCAAUUAUUGCCAAAAAAUCAUAAUAAGCGUGACAUUUUUCAGACUUUUUUCCUUGGCCUCGCCUGA